AUGCCUACGUCUAUCAGCAUCCUCCAGGAGGCUGCUUCACGGCUCUAUCCUGCUAUUAUCACAGAAUUGUCCAGUCAAUCGACAAAAAAGUACAGAAAUGAUAAGCUCUCCUUCUCAGAUCUCACUGCAUGGAGAAAUGAAGAAUUACCCCAGAAAUUGAAGCUGUUGUAUGAUGACAAGAAGGAAGCUUAUCUUACAAAAGACGAGCUUAGACUUCUUCUUGACUGGAAACUAGCCAAUGGAAAGUUUCGUCCAACGUUGCCUAAGUUAAUCGAUUCCAACGAUGCGAACGAUGUAGAAUUGAUUACCAAAGAUGGUCUUGGUAUACUUCUCGAUUUCGUUGCUGAUAAAGAUGCAAGUUUCUGGAAAGAAGUUGAUGAACAAGAUUUGCAGAAUUAUACUACUGUUGUGAAGAAAUCGCUCAAGAAACUAUGUGAAUUGAGAGGUGUGGGCCCUGCAACUGGGAGUCUCAUAUUGUCUUUAGUUACGAAGAUUGCUCCCCACUUCACUCCUCCGUUCUUUAGUGAUGAAAGUUUUCUCUACUACGUGGUUGAUUCCAUUCGUCCAGGCACUAAAAUCAAAUAUAACGUCAAAGAGUACUUUGAAGAGCUUUUGCCAGUGUAUUACGGGAUUGUUUCUUUACACCCAGAACUCACUUUCGAUACGCUUGAAAAGGGUGCUUGGUCGUUGAAAUCGUAUGCUCUUCUAAGAAUAGAUAAACUAAUCAAUGUCAAACUUCCUUUUGAAACCACGGAAGAUGAUCUCCAGAAGUUUAGUGAGGAAAGCACUGGUGUGUUGAAGAAAGAGCCAAAGAGAGAGCCAAAGGAAGUAGCGGCCAUUAAGAGAAAGGCUGAAGCUGAAUCAAACCCACCAACAAAGAGAACUAAAAGGACUACUAAAUAA